AUGCAACCUCUCCUUGACGGUUCUCAGAUUGUUCGUAAUGUUUUGCUCCCAGUGAAUCUCGCAGAACAUAGUAGACGGGCUCUGGACUGGUACGCUACAAACAUCUACAAGUCGGAUGACUUUAUCCACGUCCUCUACAUUCUCGAACCCAGCUAUGCGGCCAACAAUUUCGGGCUAACCGCGGGCGGUGGUCAAGUGAAGUCCGGCGAGAUCAACGCCAUGCUGGCGGAGCACAUAGAACUCUCAAAGACACUGGGACACGAGUUUCUGUUGCGAAUCCAGGAGCGCGGCCUGCAGGGAAACUAUGUGUUGUGUGUGGGAACCCGACCAGGUGAGCAAAUCGUCUCCUACGCCAAGGAGAAUAAUGUGGAUCUAAUUGUCAUGGGAAGCAGAGGAGUGGGGACCCUUCGACGCACGGUGUUUGGCAGCGUCAGCGACUACGUCCUCCAUCGCGUUAACGUUCCCUUGGCCGUCGUCCCUCUAAAAACGGUCCCGAAGGAAACGCGACGGUACUCCAUGAAGUAA